AUGGCGGCGGCGGCUCCGGGCCUGUCCAAGGCCGAGUAUCUGAGGCGGCGCUACUUGGAGCCGACUGACGAGGACGAUGCGGGGGCCAAGAAGCGGCGCCGGAGGAAGCGGCCCAAGGAGCUGCCGGGGGGGAUGCGUAUAGUGGAUGAUGAUGUGAGUUGGAAAAGCAUUUCUAAUGCGCAAGAAAAGGAGGAGGAGGAGGUGGAUGAUGGAGACUUGCCUGUGGUGGCUGAAUUUAUUGAUGAGCGGCCAGAAGAAGUCAAGUGGAUGGAGGAAUUCCGUACCAGUAACAAGUGGAAGCUCUUGGGGGAUCACAAUGAAGAGUCUCAAAGGUCUGAUCUUUCUGGGGCUGCAAAAUCCAACAGUUCAGAAGCCGUGAAGCACAAGAAAGCAAAGCAUUUGCCAGAAGUGUCCCCAUCCAGAAGGGGCCGCCACGACUCGCCAGAUCUGGUCCUUUCUGUGAUGGGCAAAAGCAAUCGCAGAGCCGCAAGUGGGGACCAAGAAGAAGACUUUCCAGAUAAGCCCGUAACCCAUCGGAGGCAGCAGGUGACUUCUGAUUUAUCCCCACCCAGGAGGAAAAGAUAUGCCAGAGGCAAGUGGGUGUGUCGGUGGUUCCCGGCAGUGGCAAGCGAGCGACUCAUUCGCUCUUCUUCUCUGGCCACUAAAAAGUCCCAGCGACACGAUUCUGAAUCCGAGCCGGAUUCUGCUCCCCCAGGGAUGAGCACCAGGGCCUCCUCGGAUUCUGAUCUUUCUCCAUCACAGACCAUUUGCAGUACACGGUUGCAGGAUUCUCCUUCAGAUCUUUCUCCUCCCAGGAGGAAUCUGUACAGGUCUUCAGACUCCGAUUUGUCACCUCCCCGCAGAGGGCAAGAUGUUGGGCAGAAGGCCCGCAGGUCACAAAGCCCACCUGACCUCUCCCCACCGCGGCGUGCCAGAAACUCCAAAGGGAGGGGCGAUGGUGAUCAGGACCCUCAGAUGCUGUCGGGCGGCAAAGUAGGCUUGGUGUCAGCUGACCUACUAAGGAGGGAGCAAAAGGAGUUAAGGAAGCAGGAGAGGGGCAGCAGACAUCUGGAAGAUGAAUCGCGGCACGCAGCCACCGUUUUUCGGGAUAAGUCAGGCCGUAAGAGGAACCUGAAGCAGGAGCGGCGGGAGCAGCAGAAGGCGGCUCAGGAGCAGUCGGAGCGGGAUGAGCAGUAUGCCAAGUGGGGCAAGGGGCUCGCCCAGAGCAGGCAGCAGCAGCAGAAUGUGGAGGAUGCCGUGAAGGAAAUGCAGAAGCCGCUAGCUCGGUACAUUGAUGACCAGGACUUGGACCAGAUGCUGCGGGAUCAGGAGCGGGAAGGGGACCCCAUGGCCAACUUCAUAAAGAAGAGGAAGAGCAAGGAGGGGAAAGACCAGAAAGAAAAGCCAAGGUACAGUGGACCAGCCCCACCCCUCAACCGAUUUAACAUCUGGCCUGGGUAUCGCUGGGAUGGCGUUGACAGGUCGAAUGGCUUUGAGCAGAAGCGCUUUGCCAGAAUUGCCAGUAAGAAGGCAGUGCAGGAGUUGGCGUAUAAGUGGAGUGUGGAAGACAUGUGAAUGGUUGCUCUGAGACAUGAGAGA